UUGCUGCAACACUUGUCUGUUCAUGGCCCGUUUAAGUACUUUGGGGGGAUCUACUUCUGGCUUAACGGCUAGCGCCUUUCUCCCUCAAUCGCGAAUCGUUGACAGCCACUGGGCAUGCAGAACGCCAGUGCAUCGUUCCGCGAUAGUUUCUUGCCAAUCAUGGCUGCAGUCUGGUGUUCACGCCGCCGUUGACCAUCACCAAGCAGCUGUAUCCGCCCCCAUCACGAACAUACCAGCGGGCGUCGAGCGGUUCGAACAAUUCUGCCGUCGCCCUCUUCCCCCACGUAGUAUUCAUAGCGUCGUCGAGCGCUUCCUCGCAAGGAUUCUGCCCUUCAACGCUGAUAUAUGGAACUUCCCCUCAGGUUUGGAAGCCUUUCUGCGCCAUCUGCUGUCAUGGGCCGACAUAAGCGGAGCUGUAUUCUGCGGUAGUCUGAUCUACCUAGAGCGGGCUGCACACCGCGGACAACAGACUCCGGUGACUGAGAUGGGCCGGCGUCUCCGGGUCUUGGCGGCAAUCAUCCUUGCUCGGAAAUAUCUUGGAGACGACACAUACGAAACGCGGUUCUGGAUCGGCCUGACGGCCAGGAUGUGUUCGUCUUAUUUCACAGACGACGACAUUCAUGACGCUGAAACGACACUUUUGGAAGAUCUCAUUUGGGAUCUGAGAACACACCGUCAUGAAAUGUACGUAAUGAGUACGCUGGUCCGCCAUCCGGACACUAUCUGUGUUAGACCACAGGGCGCUCUGACGUCAGCCAAAGACCGUUUUUCAGUGUUGGCAUGCCCGAACCACGCGUUAUAA